AUGAGCCAAGUGCUUGCCAUCAUCGGUGCCACGGGCCAACAAGGAGGCUCCGUGGCCAACUUUGUCCUCUCAGACCCGGUGCUGUCGAGCCGCUACAAGGUCCGCGCCAUCACGCGCGACACGACCAAACCAGCAGCCGAUGCCCUCCGUGCCAAGGGCGCCGAAGUAGUCAGCGCCGACCUCGACAAUCCAGCAUCGCUAAAGGCCGCUUUCACCGGCGCCAACACCGUCUUCGCCGCCACCAAGACCAUCUACGACGAGCAAGCCAAAGAGCGCGAGCUGCGCCAGAGCAAGGACCUAGCCGACGCCGCCGUGGCCGCCGGCGCCCAGUACAUCAUCUACAGCACGCAAGUGCACUGCGAGACCGUCUCAGGAGGAAAAUACCCCGUAGCGGCAUACGACUCCAAGGCCGAGGCCGAGGCCUACAUCCGGGGCCUCCCCAUCAAGAGCGCCUUCUACGCGCCGGCGACCUUCAUGCAGAACCUGGCGGGCAUGAUGGCGGCGCGGGCCGUGCCCGAACAGCCGGGGGUGUACGCCAUCACCAACAUCUUCGCCGGCGACCGGCCGUACCCGUGGCUCGACGUCGUGGCCGACACGGGCAAAUUUGUCGGCGUGAUCCUCGCCGACCCCGACAAGUACGCCGGCCGGACCCUCUAUGCCGGCAGCGCCUGGGCGACCAUGGACGAUAUUGCGGCCAGGAUCUCGGCGCAGACGGGGAAGACGGUCCAGUACCUGCUGAUGCCUGAGGAGAAAUUCCGCGGCUUUCUACCGCCCGCGGCUCAGGAUGCGAUUGUCAACAUGUUCUUGUUCUGCUCUGAGUGUGGCUACUACGGUUCGGAGUCGGAACGGCUGCUAAACGAGAGUAUCGCGGAGGUCCCGUACAAGUUGACCACCCUGGAGGAGUACAUCGCGGCGACGGUGAAGUUGCCAUGA